CCCCCCCAUGCAGUGUAGCUCCUCUCUCCAUUGCGGCCCCAUCCCCAUCCAGUGUGGCCCCUCCCUCACCCAAUGUGUCCCCUUCCCCCACGGCCCAGCGAGGCCCCAACCGCCCCCUCCCGACGCCCCGCGCGCAACCGGGGCGCUCUAUGCCCCACGUGACAGAGGUCGUUCCAGCCCUGCCCCCGGGGAGUCCCCUGCGUGGCUUCAGCGCGCCGUGUCCGUUAGGGGCGGCGCCCGCGGCGGAACCACAACACUCCCCCGGCACGUGACCCGGGAGGGGGCAGGCGGGGGAGCCCACGUGACUCGGCAUGGAGGCGGUGGCGGAGACGGCGGGCGGCCCCCUCCUCCUCCUGCUCGGGAGUCGCUAGCGGCGCAUCCCGGGCUCCCAGCCGGCCGGGCUGCGGGGGCCAUGGACUGAGCGCACCAUGGGCGCCAAGGAGUCCCGCAUCGGCUUCCUCAGCUACGACGAGGCCCUGCGCAGGGUUACAGAUGUAGAACUAAAGCGUCUGAGAGAUGCUUUCAAGAGAACUUGUGGACUCUCAUGUUACAUGAGCCAGCAGUGCUUCAUUAGGGAAGUGCUUGGUGAUGGAGUGCCUCCAAAAGUUGCAGAGGUCAUUUACUGUUCAUUUGGGGGAACAUCCAAAGGGCUACACUUCAAUAACCUGAUAGUGGGAUUAGUCCUACUAACAAGAGGCAGAGAUGAAGAGAAAGCAAAAUACAUUUUCAGUCUCUUUUCCAAUGAAUCUGGGAGUUACGUUGUCCGUGAAGAGAUGGAGCGGAUGCUUCACAUUGUUGAUGGAAAAAUCCCAGAUUCGCUCAAGAGAUGUUUCUCUGAGGGUGAAAAGGUAAACUAUGAAAAGUUUAAGAAUUGGUUAUUGCAGAACAAAGAUGCUUUCACGUUCUCUCGUUGGCUGCUAUCUGGAGGAGUGUAUGUUACACUCACCGAUGAUAGUGACACCCCUACCUUCUAUCAAACUUUGGCCGGAGUCACACACUUGGAAGAAUCAGACAUCAUUGAUCUUGAAAAACGAUAUUGGCUUUUGAAGGCUCAGUCAAGAACUGGACGUUUUGAUUUAGAGACAUUUGGCCCUUUAGUUUCCCCUCCCAUUCAUCCAUCUCUGAGUGAAGGUUUGUUUAAUGCCUUUGAUGAAAAUCGUGACAAUCACAUAGACUUUAAGGAAAUCUCCUGUGGGCUGUCGGCAUGUUGCAGGGGACCCUUGGCAGAAAGGCAAAAAUUUUGCUUUAAGGUUUUUGACGUUGACCGGGAUGGAGUUUUGUCUCGCACUGAACUUAAAGAAAUGGUAGUUGCACUUUUAGAGGUCUGGAAAGACAACCGUACUGAUGAGAUACUUGAAUUGGGCAUGAACUUGUCUGAAAUCGUAGAAGACAUUUUGGAUGCACAUGAUACCACAAAGCUUGGACACCUCAGUCUGGAAGACUAUCAGAUCUGGAGUGUGAAGAGUGCUCUUGCCAAUGAAUUUUUAAAUCUACUUUUUCAGGUUUGCCAUAUAGUUUUGGGUUUAAGACCUGCUACCCCAGAAGAGGAAGGACAAAUUAUUAGGGGUUGGUUAGAACGGGAAAGCAGAUAUGGUCUCCAGCCAGGGCACAACUGGUUUCUCAUCGCAAUGCAAUGGUGGCAGCAAUGGAAAGAAUAUGUCAAAUAUGAUGCUAACCCUGUUGUGAUAGAACCUUCAUCUGUCUUGAGUGGAGGUAAGAAUUCACUCGUAGCUGCUGCAAUCCAUACAUCAGAACAGAGAGAAGACAAAACAGGAGGUCUAAAUUACUUUUCUGUCACAGAAGAAAAGUUUUCAGAUAAUAUUUCUACUGCAUCAGAAGCCUCAGAGACUACUACCAGCAGUUUUCUUUACUCCAGUACUCCAGCAGCCGAUAUGUGUUUUGCUAGGCAACAUAACACUUCGGACAAUAAUAAUCAGUGUUUACUUGGAUCCAGUGGAAAUAUAUUGCUACAACUUAAUCCACAAAGACCAGGAGCUAUUGAUAACCAACCACUUGUAACACAAGAACCAGUCAAGGCUGCAUCAUUAACACUGGAAGGCGGACGAUUAAAACGAUCUCCACAUCUGGUUGAAGGGAGGGAUUAUAAAAUGGUACCAGAACCAGUAUGGAGAGCCCUUUACCACUGGUAUGGGGCAAACCUGGCAUUACCUAGACCAGUGAUCAAAAACAGCAAAACUGGCGUCGCUGAGCUAGAGUUAUUUCCUCGCUAUCUGCUCUUUCUGAGACAGCAACCUGCCACUCGAACACAGCAAUCAAACAUCUGGGUGAAUAUGGGUAUGAUGAGCCUGAGAAUGUUUCCCCAUCAUUUACCUAGAGGGAAUGUACCUUCUCCCAGUGCUCCUUUAAAACGAGUGUUGGCUUACACAGGCUGCUUUAGUCGGAUGCAGACUAUUAAAGAGAUACAUGAAUAUCUGUCCCAGAGGCUACGUAUAAAAGAGGAGGAUAUGCGGCUGUGGUUAUACAAUAGUGAGAACUAUCUUACUCUUCUGGAUGAUGAGGAUCAUAUGUUAGAAUACCUGAAAAUCCAAGAUGAGCAGCACUUAGUAAUAGAAGUUCGAAACAAAGACAUGAGCUGGCCAGAGGAGAUGUCAUUUAUAGCAAACAGUAGUAAAAUAGACAGACAUAAAGUUCCUACUGAAAAGGGUGCCACUGGAUUAAGUAAUCUGGGUAAUACAUGUUUCAUGAAUUCAAGUAUCCAGUGUGUCAGUAACACACAACCUCUAACACGGUAUUUCAUCUCAGGAAAACAUCUUUAUGAACUCAACAGGACAAAUCCAAUAGGAAUGAAAGGACAUAUGGCCAAGUGCUAUGGGGAUUUGGUUCAGGAACUAUGGAGUGGAACUCAAAAGAACAUAGCUCCAUUAAAACUACGGUGGACGAUAGCAAAAUAUGCUCCAAGAUUUAAUGGUUUUCAGCAGCAGGACUCGCAGGAGCUUCUGGCUUUUCUUCUGGAUGGUCUUCAUGAGGAUCUGAACAGAGUUCAUGAUAAGCCAUAUGUAGAACUGAAAGAUAGUGACGGUCGACCCGAUUGGGAGGUAGCAGCAGAGGCCUGGGAAAAUCAUCUGAGAAGAAACAGAUCAAUCGUAGUGGAUUUGUUUCAUGGGCAGCUAAGGUCCCAAGUAAAAUGCAAAACAUGUGGGCACAUAAGUGUUCGAUUUGACCCUUUUAAUUUUUUAUCCUUGCCUCUUCCGAUGGAUAGCUACAUGCACUUAGAAAUUACAGUAAUUAAAUUAGAUGGUACCACCCCUGUUCGAUAUGGGCUCAGACUGAACAUGGAUGAAAAGUAUACAGGUUUAAAAAAGCAGCUAAGUGAACUUUGUGGGCUAAAACCAGAACAGAUUCUUCUUGCAGAAGUACAUAGCUCUAAUAUAAAGAACUUUCCUCAAGACAACCAGAAGGUUCGGUUAUCAGUGAGUGGGUUUUUGUGUGCAUUUGAGAUACCGGUCCCAGGAUCCCCCACAUCAGCGUCUAGUCCUGUGCAAACAGAUUUCUCCACUGGGCCAUCAGCUAAUGGAAUGCUCAACAUAAUGAUGAAUGGGGAUUUCCCCAGACCAACACUAAUUCCAAAUGGAAUGCCAAAUACUGUAGUGCCAUGUGGAACAGAGAAUAACCUUGCCAAUGGGAUGAUGAAUGGUCAUGUGUCCUUGCUUUCUGAUAGUCCAUUUAUAGGCUACAUCAUUGCAGUCCACAGAAAAAUGAUGCGGACGGAACUAUAUUUCCUUUCAUCUCAGAAGAAUCGUCCCAGUCUCUUUGGAAUGCCAUUAAUUGUUCCAUGUACUGUUCAUACUCGGAAAAAAGACUUGUAUGAUGCAGUAUGGAUUCAGGUUUCCCGGCUUGCGAGCCCUCUCCCUCCCCAGGAAGCUAGUAACCAUGCACAAGACUGCGACGACAGCAUGGGGUACCAGUAUCCAUUUACGCUUAGGGUGGUUCAGAAGGAUGGAAAUUCUUGUGCGUGGUGUCCAUGGUACAGAUUUUGCCGUGGGUGUAAAAUCGAGUGUGCAGAAGACAGGGCUUGUAUUGGAAAUGCUUACAUCGCCGUAGACUGGGAUCCUACAGCCCUUCAUCUCCGCUACCAGACAUCACAGGAACGGAUUGUAGAAGAGCACGAAAGUGUUGAACAAAGCCGGCGGGCUCAGGCGGAGCCUAUCAAUCUGGAUAGCUGUCUCAGAGCUUUUACCAGUGAGGAGGAACUGGGAGAAGAUGAGAUGUACUACUGUUCCAAGUGCAAGACUCAUUGCCUGGCCACUAAAAAACUGGACCUUUGGAGGCUUCCCCCUAUUUUGAUAAUUCACCUGAAACGAUUUCAGUUUGUAAAUGGCCGCUGGAUAAAAUCUCAGAAAAUUGUUAAAUUUCCUCGCGAAAAUUUUGACCCAAGUGCCUUUCUGGUACAACGGGAUCCAAGUCAUUGUCAACGAAAGCAGCGAACUCCCCAGGUUGAUGACCUUUCUGAGCCACGGAUUCUGCAAGGGGAGCCUAGAAAAACAGAUCUCCAAAAUACUUAUACAUCAGGCGAAGGGGAUGUGCUGAACAGGAGUCCAUCCUCAUUUAACACUAGUAGCAUCUUGAAUAAUAUCAAAGCAUCUCCAUCACCAGGGAGGAAAAGUGGAACCAGCUGUCCUUCAAGUAAAAACAGUAGCCCAAAUAAUAGCCCAAGGACUUUAGGAAGAGGUAAAGGGCGGCUGCGGCUACCACAGAUAGGUAAAAACAAACUAUCAAAUAGCAAAGAAAAUUUGGAUGCAAGUAAAGAGAAUGGUACUGACCAGGAACAGAAAUUUACUUCUGACCAAGGAGAUGCCAUUAGCAAAGGACACGUUUUGGGUGGUAGCCAGAGUGAAUUAUUCAUUUUUCAGGACGAGAUGACUUUAGCCAAUGGAUACGUUUGUGAACAGAAUGCAUAUAGUAAUGGCAGUAUCAAUGGUGUGAUUGAUAACCACAGUGAGGAAGAUAUGACAGAUGACCAAAGAGAAGUCUGUUUUAACCCUAUUUACAAUCUAUAUGCCAUUUCGUGCCAUUCAGGAAUUAUGGGAGGAGGUCAUUAUGUCACUUAUGCCAAAAACCCAAAUAACAAGUGGUACUGUUACAAUGACAGCAGCUGUAAGGAAUUACAUCCUGAUGAAAUUGACACCGACUCUGCCUACAUUCUUUUCUACGAGCAGCAGGGGGUAGACUAUGCGCAGUUUUUGCCAAAGAUAGAUGGCAAAAAGAUGGCAGACACAAGCAGCAUGGAUGAAGAUUUUGAGUCUGAUUAUAAAAAGUACUGUGUUUUACAGUAAACAAGUGAUCUUCCAUGGACCGUUUGAGAGCAUGCAGGAUGAAACUUACAUUUGGCUACAGUGUUGUUGAAGUGAACAAGCUAAAUGUCAGUUGUCUUAUCCUGUGGUCAGAAAGCACAACAAGAAAAAUCUAAUUAGAUAGCAGUUAACAUAAACGUUGUUUUUGUUCUAAUAUCUCACUACAUGCUCUAAACAAUUCUGAUGUUAGACAUCAGAUUAAAACUGCCAUUGGCCUUUAAAUAACAUGGUUUGAUGAAAGCCAACGAGGACCAAAUAAGAGCUAAAUGAAAUAGUCCAAAUAAGAGCUAAACAGAGUAGUGUAGCGUUUACCAAUUAUUCUAACAAAAUCCUAAGGUUCUCCUUAGAUUCAAGAUGAUGGGAAAAAAUUGUAGUGUUGUCUAUUGACUACACGAUAUUGCUACCUCCUUUUUCCUGAAGUUUCAUCCCAUUUUAUUGGCAAGACAGGGAAAGCAAGAAAAUGAAAAGUGCACAAAGCUUACGAAAUGGUUAUGGAAUUUUUCCAUUUUUGCCACUAUUUAUGUGUAUUGUUGCUUUCAAUAUGUUGGGAGCACAACCAAAUCAUAAUUUGAGCGCAGAUUGAUUUCUGCACUUGAAUGGUUUAUUAUAAUUUUGUUUUCUCCACAUGUUGGUUGUGCAAAUCAGUGAAUUUCAGGAAUGGCUGUCUGGCCUGAGGAAUCCUGUCUUUUAUAUACUGAAAAGUUUCAGAAAAAAUAUCUGUGGUUAUAUGCAUUGGGUCUGAAUGUGCACUUUCCACAAAGUGCUCCCAACUCAUGGAAGGACAGGUAUUAUGUUUCAUUACUAGUGUUGCUUUUAAAUUUUGCACUUUUUAAAAAAAUUCAUACCAGUACAAUUCAGAAGCAUUGUUCGUUUUUGUUGCUGUAAGGUCUCCAGAGGGAAUGGAUGUCACCGUUGUCUACUAUGUCUUUUAAAACAAACGUCAGAAAUGAUGGUUGUCAGGUAGCUAUGUUAAGAGGCAAGAAGGAUUUUUGUUCAUUUCAUAAUUUAAACUGGGUUUGGUUUUUUAAUUGGUUUGCAUUUUCAAAUUUUCUUACUGUAACAGGCUAGGGAUUAAUUUGCAGGGUUUUUGAAAAAACCCACUUUUUAACAGCAUUAGUCAACAAAUUUGCUACUACUUGGCAUUCAUUUUAUUACUCACUGGCUAGAUUCUGCUUUCCUUGCUCAUCCAAAACUCCCUUUUAAGUCAGUGGGGCUUUGGCUUGAGCAAGGAAUGCAGGAUGGUUGGGGCUUGUUCAAGACUGGAAAAAAGGUUAUUUAUGAGUAGGCAUUUCUUUUAGUAUUUUAGCCGUGUUAAAUUGUUAGCAUAUCUGAAUUGAGGUAAAUGUUUUACUCUUUUUUCAGCCUUUUCUUCAACUGAGCCUCAGCAAGUUAGUAAUUUUAUCAUUCAUUUCCUUAAGCAUCCCUCUUUAGACUUGGCAUAAUUACUGAUUAAAUUUACAUUUACAUUGUAGAUCUGUAAAAUUAGUUAAUAUUCAACCUCCUUUCAGUGUGUUCUACAACAAUGCCAAAUCAACUAGGAAGUAUACACUUUUCAGAAAGGGGCUGUUUUUAUCCAUUUAAGAAACUAUAUAAAGUUGAUCGUGCUGUCUUUACUCAGGCAACCCCCCCCCCCCCAAUCUUAAAUGGAAGUUGUAAGGAUUGAUCAGUUUCAAAAUAAGUAUUGUCUUUGACCUAAGGUGUCGAGCCCUAUUUUGUGUGUUCUUUUAUCUUUAGAGUGGUCUAAACAGUGAGGUUGAAGAAAAGCAAAUGUUAUGAAUUGUGGAAUUUCUCAUUUUGGAAUUUUGUGAUCACAUUUCUCUAUAUCUCCCUAGCCAAACUCCAUGAAAAUUGAAAGAUUUUCAAAUUAUUUACUUAAAAAGGUUUUAUUUAAGCAGGUAGCACAAUCUACUAAUGUUAUUUGAUCUUCUGUGUUUGUUACAUUGGUUGUAAUUAUUUUUUUUAAUUAAAUUAAUUCAUGAAUUAGCAGGAAAUUUAUUAAGUUAACUACAUUCACUUUGUAAAUUAUUGUAUAAAACUUAUUGACAAUGCACUGACUUUAGAAAGAUGUUAAUGUACAUAAAUACCAUGUAAAUAAAAGUGUUGAUGUAUUGGACUAUGACCUGUAUAAAAAAUGUAUCAGUAAUUGUAUAUGGAGUGAACUUGUUUAUCUGUAACUAUAUUAUUCAGACAAAUUAAAAACUGUGGAUGCA